UCAAAUAUUGGCAUUACUUACGGGCCAUUUUACUACGCCUUCUUUGUUUAUAGAGAAGAGAAGUGCUUCUUGAGCAAGAAGAAAUCGUAUCUAUAUACACCCAAGGAUUCCUGCUUCGCAUCUCCUCACCGACGACGUUUUCCGAUCCGGAGUGUUCCACUUGCUUUUAAAGGAGACAUGGAAGAUGUUCUAACAGAGAUUCCACCACCUUCAAGGUUCUUUCAGGAAGAUCUCAACAACUUCACCCCUCCAUCACCACCUCUUCCAUCUCCGUUCCUUCUUUUCUCUAAUCCUAAACCUGAUCAACCACUUUGUCCAUCUCUCCUCAUUAUUGCCUUAUCUACCCCAUCUCUUUAUGUCUUUCACCAUGUAUCCUCAAAGACCCUAAUUGGUAGUGUCUUCAUACCUGAGAUCCCUUUCUCAGGAAAUAGCAUUGACCCUUCUCUUAGAGAUAAAUCCUGCAACAUUUAUGCCCUAAAUGAUGCUGAUAAGUUGACUCUUCUGGUUUCUAUUCAGUGCUCUGUAAGUGCUGAGAGAUCUAAUGUGGUUGCUAAGUUGCUGAUUGGUGAACAAAUUAUUCCUGAGAGAGUUCUAAUUUUGGAUUCAAUUAAGAUCCAGAAUUUUCGGGGUAAGCUCUCAUCAGAUGAGGCAUGUGCUUUCAAGCUAGAAACAUCAACGGAAAGGAAAGGGCACACCAAUGGUUGUGGAGGAUCAUCAUUGCUGAAAGGUUUAGACUAUCUUCCCUCAGGGAGUAUGGUGGAUGGCUUGGCAGCUGCACUCUUAGCUCGAUGCCAGAUGAGGAACAUGAAGGGAACUCUGUGUGUUUCCUGGCCCGAACAUGAUGGUUCUGCAGUAGCUCUAAUCAAGUCCGUACUGCAGAAAAAUGUGUUACAUCGCAUUAACUUGAGCUCAAACGGGAAUGCUGAAGAUAAAUAUUUAUGGUCUAGUCGAAUUAAGGAUUCUUCAUUUGAUUCUGAACUAUAUACCUGAUGUACUAGGUCUGCGGUGCUUAUUUGACUCAAGUAUUAUUUCACUUGCACAAAGUUUUGGAAUGAACUGUGAAGAGGGAAGAUCGUGUUUAUUUUCCCCAACAUUAUCUGCUUUUGUUUAAGCAUGGCAAUAUUUCAAAAGUGUUUGGAAGGAUUUCUACUUUCAUCUUUGAACUGAA